AUGGAGAUGGCGUCGGAUGAUCCGGAGACCCGUUGCGUAUUCCUCCAUGGUGGUGAGUCGCGGCUCUUCACUGCCGGUUUGGAUCUGAAGAGCGAGCUUGGCGGUUUCCCGACCGGCGAUGCCACCCUCGACGUUAGCCGCAAGGCCUUUCGAAUGGAGCAGGUCAUCAAGCGAUGCCAAGACGGCAUUUCAAGCCUGGAACGUUGUCGCAAGCCCGUGGUGGUGGCGCUGCACAGCGGCAUCGUUGGAGCCGGCGUAGAUUUGAUCAGCGCCUGUGACAUCCGCUACUGCACGGAGGACGCUUGGUUCUCCAUCGCAGAGGUGAAUGUCGGCUUGGCUGCUGAUGUUGGGACCUUGCAGAGAUUGCCCAAAAUCGUCGGCAACGACUCCGUGGUCAGGGAGCUUGCUCUUACGGGACGGCGAAUGGGAGCUGCUGAGGCGAAGGAGCUUGGCCUCGUCGGAAAGGUGCUGCCAACCCAGGAGGCAUGCUUGGCCGAAGCACGGAAAGUUGCACUGGAGAUCGCCUCGAAAUCUCCAGUGGCGGUGGUUGGCACAAAA